AUGCGAAAGGCAGCCUGCAACGCGUCCUCGCUCCGAGCGUUUGCUCCCCGCUGCAGCAGCUCUCGCCUUGCUGUGCGGACCUUUGGCAGCUCGGUGCGGCGACUCAAUAUGUCCCCCUUGGCCAACGAGCCGGCCAAGCCGGUGAUGCGCACGAGCAUCCCGGGUCCGCGGUCUCGGGCUGCUAUCAAGCAGCUCGACCAUGUCUUUGAUACUCGCAGCUUGAAUAUGCUCGUUGACUACCCCAAGUGCAAUGGAAACUACGUUGUCGAUGGCGAUGGCAACACUCUCCUCGACGUAUUCGCUCAAAUUGCCUCCAUCCCCAUCGGCUACAACAACCCCGGACUAGCCAAGGUCGCCCAGUCCCCCGCCAUGGUCAACGCCAUCAUCAACCGUCCGGCCCUGGGAAACUUCCCCUCCGCCGACUGGGCCGAGAUCCUCUCCACCGGCAUCCUGCGCGCCGCCCCCAAGGGCCUCGACCAGGUCUUCACUGCCACCACUGGGUCCGAUGCCAACGAGACGGCGUACAAAGCUGCCUUCAUCUGGCGGCGGACCCAGGAGCGCGGUGGCAAAGACUUUACCGCGGAGGAGAUUGAUUCCGCCAUGGUCAACCAAGCCCCGGGUGCUCCCAACUACUCUGUCCUCUCCUUCACCAAGGGCUUCCACGGUCGUCUGUUUGGCAGUCUUUCUACUACGCACUCCAAGCCUGUCCACAAGCUCGAUAUUCCCGCCUUCGACUGGCCUGUGGCUCCCUUCCCUCAGCUCAAGUACCCUCUAGACCAGUACGCAGCCGAGAACAAAGCUGAAGAGGAGCGAUGUCUCCAAGAGUUCGAGCGCAUCAUCUCUACCUUCCACAACCCGGUAGUUGCCGCUGUCGUUGAGCCCAUCCAGUCCGAGGGCGGUGACAACCAUGCCACGCCCUUCUUCUUCCAGGGUCUCCGCAACAUUACCAAGAAGCACAAUGUCCUCCUGAUCAUCGACGAGGUCCAGACCGGAGUCGGCGCUACGGGCAAGUUCUGGGCUCACGAGCACUGGAACCUCGACAGCCCCCCCGACAUGGUCACCUUCUCUAAGAAAGCCCAGGCUGCCGGCUUCUACUACGCCAACAAGUCUCUGCGGCCUGACAAGCCGUACCGCCAGUUCAACACCUGGAUGGGCGACCCUGCGCGCGCCCUGUUGUUCCGCGGCAUCUACAACGAGGUGGAGAGGCUCGGCCUCGUCGAGCAGACGGCCCGUGUCGGCAGCUACCUCUACAACAAGCUGGAGCGGCUCGCCCAGCGUUAUCCCCACGAGAUCCAGAACCUGCGUGGUAAGGAUCGGGGCACGUUCUUAGCCUGGGACAGCCCUCGCCGAGACGAAAUCAUCCGGUCGGCAAAGGCCAAGGGCGUCAACAUGGGAGGCAGCGGUGACUCCACCAUCCGAUUGAGGCCGAUGCUCAUCUUCCAGGAGCGCCACGCUGAUAUCCUCAUCGAGACCCUGGAGAGUAUUUUCAAGGCGUAA